AUGGAUUAUAUCGACUCCACCACUGGGCCUCAUAAAAAGAGCCGCUCAAAAGAUGGAUGCUAUACGUGUCGCAUCAAGAAGGUCAAAUGUGACGAGGUGCGGCCGAGAUGCCAGCGGUGUGUCCGUCUAAGACGGCUCUGUGAUUAUGAGCCUAAGAUAAAACACAACGACUUAUUAGCCAUAUCUCGAGGAUAUAUGCUUGCUGUUGAGAAUUCGAAAACAUUACCGACUUGGGCACAGCGCGCCGCAUUAACCAGAGCUCUUGCUCUUCCAACUCGGCUCCCGGAGUUCCCCAAUAGCGCGAGUUCACUGAAUCUCACUUCAGCCGAUCAUGAGGCAAUACGGUAUUUCCGCACCACAUUUGCGAGGAUUCACCACACCAAGAAUCCGGAUUACUCACUCUUCUCCAUCAUAUUCACCCUGGCGCAAGAUGAGCCAAUGGUGAUGCAUGCGCUAUUGGCUCUCGGCGGCCAUGAAAUUGAGUUCCGGCGAAACAGCAGCUCGGAUGGAGUGGCUUCUCAACUUGUAGAAAGGAAUCGCAAUAGGUGGACUCCUGUUCAGCAUUACUCAGCUGCUUUGGGCCUCUUAGCCGAUAUCAUCGGGACUGCAGACGAUGGUCGGCAAUUGGAGUUGGACCCCAUCUGCGCGGUGUUAUACCUGAUGCUUGUUUAUGAGCAGAAGUAUGGAGACGGAACUUGUUCUGGACUAUCGAAUCACCUCGCAGGAGCGGCGUUGAUUGUGAAACAUCGUUGUCAGAGCCUAUCUGAUCAAAUUUCUGCACGGGGUUGGCAAGGAACGCCAGUGUUGACUCGAAUGCAGUCUCAGAAUGGUUCUCAGCAACCUGGGCUGUCGCUUUUUGUAAUUCGGCUACUCGUCUGGAUUGCUCUCUGUGAUUCGACAGCCGCAACUUUUGGACUCGGUGGCCAGUUCAAUGGUGAAUUGAAAGAUAUUAUGGGGCCAGACGACUCAUCAUCGAUUCCCGGAUUCGAUGUGCUUCAUAGAUAUUCAAACUCUUUAUACCGCUCGAUGUGGGGUGAUACCUAUCCGCAAGUUGAGCUGUUGGAUGACGUUGAGAAUCGAGAUGUAUUUGCGUUUCUCUGCGCAUCAAUGCAGCUCCGAGGCAUCGUUGCUGAUUUGGCUAAACUUGACAUACAUAAGGUCAGGGGACGUUUGCCAGCUGUUGAAUCCGCCUUUCGACAAGUUGAUAUACGAUAUGGGGAGCUGCUUGAAGUGGCGUCGGAUAUAUCCCUAUCAACAGAUAACUCGCAUCGUUUAGUUGCCAACAUCCGUGCCUUUGUUCCCAUAUAUCAUGCCGCAAAACUUGAACUCUUUCGCGUCACUCGAAGAAAUGGCAUAACGACUAAAAUAGAAAUCGUACCUGAGGCUCAUAUAACCGCCAUUGUUGAUUUGGCCAUCCAAUCUGAUAAACACCAAGGUGUCGAGGGCACUAUCAGAGUGGCGUGGCCACUCUUUGUUGUAGCUCUUGAAACGAAUAAUAAGAUCCAUCAGCGUUGGAUUCUGAAUCGGUUUCAGGCCAUGAGCAGCUAUAGCAAGAAUUUAGAGCGUGCUCAUCGCUUUCUCUCAGAGGCCAUAAAGCCGCAGCAUGAGAAAAUUGAAGUUUAUACGGACUUCAGACUUACAAAUGGGGAAUUAUUUGUUAUUUAA